AUGGCGACAGCAAGCACACCAGGUGAAACACCUGAACGCCACACAGACAUGCCAGACUAUGAAGCCAAACUCACCGCUAUCUUCGAAGCCUUCUGGGCACGGUUGGAGCACCGGGCACAGCUGAAUAAACCGAGCACAUGCUGGAGCACAAGAAACCUAAGCAACGCAGCCGCCAGCGCCUUACUCAUAAACAACAUAGGGCCCCAGGAUGGUGCCACAGGAGGAGAGACCCUCUGCCUGCAGGCAAAAUCAUGGGAGGGAAUCAAGCACCGGAACACAGCCACAGAGUGCUAG